GUUGCUGAAUGGUAGUUUAGUUUAUUUAGUUACUUUGUUAUUCCAACUGUUAUUGUUGGUUGUUAAUUAUAGCUUAAUUAGUAACUGUAUCUCUGUACAAAUCAAAGUCAUAGCUCAUUGGCCAUUUUAUUCUCUCUUUUCUUUCUCAACUACUAAAGAGAAUUUAUAACACUGACUGUACUACACUCGUCACAUGGGGGUACGUAAUAAUUUGUACCCCACAAACAUUAAUAAUGGAGUAACUGAUCAACCCUUACCAUUAACAACAUUUAACUCGUCUUUACUUUCGUGCCUUCUAGGACUUUUCCUUGACUGAAUAUGUAUAAUUAGCAAGUUUGCUUAGUAUUCAGGCUGUGAAAUUUGAUAACAUAUAAUCUUUCAUAAAAAGAAUCUCAUUUUCAAUUCAUUAUAUUUCUGAGAAGUAUUAUUAGAUGGCUGCAACAAUUGUUUCUUCUUCUUCUUCUUCUUCUUCCUCUUCUUCUUCUUCUUCACACAAGUAUGAUGCGUUUCUUAGUUUCAGAGGUCGUGAUACUCGAAUGAGUUUUACAAGUCAUCUUUACACAGCAUUAUGCGGGAAGAAGAUUUUAGCCUAUAUGGAUCACAAGCUCAAGAGUGGAGAAGAGAUUUCAUCAACACUUCUAACUGCCAUUGAGGAGUCAAAAAUUUCCAUAGUCAUAUUCUCCAAAAAUUAUGCUACUUCAAGGUGGUGUUUAGAUGAAUUAGUACACAUAAUGGAGUGCAAAGAAGAAAGAAACCAUAUUGUUUUGCCUGUCUUUUAUCGCGUAGAUCCAUCAGAUGUGCGACAUCAGAAGGGUAGCUAUAAUGAGAAGCGUUACAAUAAGAACCAUACGAACACUAACACACUACAACAAUGGAAGAAGGCUUUGACAGCCGCUGCCAAUUUAUCUGGCCCUGAAUUAAAACAUAAUGAGUCAUUGGAUGAGUCAACCUUUGUAAAGAAAGUUGUCCAAAAAGCUCUUGACAUCUUAAAUAAUAUCCCAGCUGAAGUGACAAGUGAUGAUUCUAUGGGUUUAGUUGGAAUCGAAAAACGUUUCGAGAAAAUUAAAUCCUUGUUACAAUUGGAUUGCUCGGAUGUACGUGUGAUUGGCAUUUGGGGAAUGCGCGGUAUAGGAAAAACAACACUUGCUCAGACUGUAUACGAUCGAUUCUUUAACCAAUUUGAGGGUUUCCAUUUUGCAAAGUUAAGGGAAGAGUUAAGUGAAACCGAACUGGAUAAUAUGAAAAGGCGGUUGUUUUCUGACUUAUUGAAUGACAAAAAUCUAGAUCCUAUGCACAGCUCUUUUGCAAAGCAAAGGCUUCGUCGAAAGAAAGUGCUUGUUGUUCUUGAUAAUGUUAAUGAGAGGCAAUUAGAAUGGUUAGUCGGAGAUAAUGUUCCAAAUUUUGCUACAGAACGGUUUGGUAUUGGAAGUAGAAUCAUUUUAACUGGUAGAGACAAGAAGUUGCUCAUCAUGGCUAGAGCUCAUGUGAUAUACGACGUUGAAGCAUUAGAUUUUGAUGAAGCACUUAAACUAUUUCAUCGGAAAGCCUUUGGAGAAGACUCAACUCAUUUCAAGUCAGAGUUUGAAGAGAUGUACCCAAGAAUUGUAAAUUAUGCCCAAGGAAAUCCUUCAGAUCUUCGUUAUUUGGGUUCUCACCUUCGUCAUAAGAGCAUAAAAGAAUGGGAAAGUGUAUUGGUAAAGCUAGAAGAAGCUCCUAAUAAAGAGAUUGAAAAAGUGUUGAAAAUAAGUUAUGAUGCACUCGAUGAGGGAAAGAAGGCUUUAUGUCGUGAAAUAGGAACGAACAUCCUUGUGGAAAAGUCUCUUGUAAACAUCAUGCAUGGCAUGAUAAGACAGAUGCCUUUGGAAUUUGUUCGUGGAGACCCAAUAGAGAUUGGACAACAUAGCCUAUUAUGCUAUGCUCAUGAUGUCUCUUACGCCUUAAAAAAUAAUAAAGGGAGUGCAUUAACCGUAGGUAUACUCUUAGACGUUUCAAAGAUGCAUGAAGGGCCAAGCUUGACAUCUACAGCCUUUGAAGAUAUGUGUAAUUUAAGAAUCUUGAAAAUUCAUAAACCCGAUGAUGGUGAAAAUUAUUCCAAAUUGAUCAUAAACAUUCCUCAAGGACUUCAGUCUCUUCCUCGUUCUCUUCGAUAUCUAGUCUGGCCUAACUACUCUUUGAACUCUUUAGCAUCAAAUUUUGAGUCUCACAAUCCUUUCAAACUUGGCAUGUGCUUUAGUAAGGUCAAGCAACUUUGGAGUGGUGUCCAGAAUCUUGGAAACAUAAAAGGCAUCGAUCUUUCUUUUUGCGAGGAACUGAGAAAACUUGUAGACCUGUCCCAGGAUCCAAAGAUACAGAACUACAUGCCUGCUACUACAAAACACUUGAAUUUAAGAAAAUCUAGCAUUGAAACAUUUCCGUCAUCAUUUGAGUCUCUCGAGAAUCUUAAGAGUCCUCCUAAGCUUCCAAGGAAUAUAAAGACAUUUAAUUUGCUAUGUCGAAGCCUAGAGAGUCUCCCAUCUAACGUUUGGACAUUAAAGCUUCUUAAAAUGUUUAAGAACUAUAAUUGCUCCAGAUUAAAAUACUUGCCUCAAAUUCCAGAGGUUGCUGAGCAUAUAAAUCUAGAUGCAACAAGAAUCCAAGAGCUACCCUCAUCGGUUGAAAAUCUAGUCGUCCUUCACCAUCUAGACUUGAAUUGGUGUGAGAUUCUUAAGUUUGUACCUAAAGACCUUAGCACAUUGAGUCAUCUUUCAAGGCUCUCCCUUGCAGGUUUGAAACUUGGAUGUUUCCCUCCCAUGCUACUUGGUUUUCACUCUUUAACUACUCUAGAGUUUGGUUACUGCAACAUAUCAGAAAUCCCUGAUUGGUUCGGUUCUUUAUCAUCUCUGACAAAAGUUGAUAUAAGAGGAAACAAUUUUCACAGCAUUCAUCCAUGCAUAAGGCAACUUCAGAAUCUCAAGUACCUAAACGUAAGCCGUUGCAAGAAUCUUCGACAUGUUCUGGAGCUGCGUGCCUCUGUAGAAAACGUUGAGGCAAGUGAGUGCUUGUCCCUGGAGAUAGUCGAAAAUUCUUCAAAUGGUAAUGUUAAUGAACUAGCAGGAUCUAUUAGUUGCACGGAAGAUGAGGUAGGAUUUCUGUUUUUUAAUUGCUUGAAAAUGGACUGGAAUGCGCGAGACAACGUGCUCAUUAACUUCUUAACCCAAGUUCUUCUCAUCUCAGCCACUGAAAGUGAACCUUCAUCUGAUCCAUUGACAGAAUUUACGACCGUUCGAACUUGCUAUCCGGGUGACAGAAUUCCUAAGUGGUUCAGCAAUCAGCGCCAGGGAUCUACAGCAACUAUCAAGCUUCCACCAAAUUGGCUCAGUGACAAUUUUUUUGGUUUCGCAACAUGUGUGGCUCUCGAAUUUGAUGACCGUUCUAAGUUCAAUUAUCUGAACAUUGAUACUACCAUAUAUUUCAAAACAGAUCAUGGUACUAAUGAUGAUGAGAAAGAUGAAGUCUAUGAUUUUAGAGUGAAUUUCAUCAAUGAUAUUAUUGAAUCAAUGGAGAAGCAAAGCUUAACUAUCCGUUCCGAUCACGUGUUCAUUUGGUAUCCUCACAAUGCUAAUAAGUUCCGUGAGAAGAAACUCGAUGGUGCAAUGGAGGCAUUGUUUGACUUCUCUUGUCAUCUCUAUUCGGGAAAAAGACCAGAAUCUAAAAAGCUUGAUAUUAAGGUGAAAAGUUGUGGGAUUCGCAUGAUAUAUCUCCCAGAAGCAAAGGAAGACUUGUAUUCAUCCAUUGCUAGUUCAUCCUCCAAUGGCUGCCAUAUAUCUGAGGAACCAGAGCCAAGUACGAGUAAUGAGCCUGAACCAAGUGGAGCCGAAACCAAUUGUUCUGAUGCAGAUGAAUCUCCUAUGCACAGUGUUAAUAAAUGUUUCGAUUUCUUCGGCUGCUUACCCUUUCUCUCCAUACUUACUGAGUGGAAAGCGGCGAAGCAAAGUUGAAUCCUUCAUUUGCAGAGAAAUAUUUCCGUUGGAGCUUUGCUGCAAGCUAAAAUGUAUAA